ACAGAAGAACAUCUGAGCAACGGCAUUCGCACCUGUUGGACCAUAGAACCCACCACGAACCGCCUCGUGAAAGCCACCAGAGCUCCCAAUCCGCCUUUUCAAACGGCCUGCUCCAUCUCACGAGAGAACCCCCGCACGUUCCAGCGACCCAAAAGAGCAUCCCCGAUCCGCCCUCGACUGCGAAAAGCCCCAGCGACGACGUGCGACGAACUGUUUCGGACGGAACGAGAACCAACUACUACCUACCUACCUUCCCCGACGGGCGGCGUCCAGGCUCGCCCUGCGCGCCCACCUCCUUCUCCUUAUCCACACACACACAUCCCCCCCGACAACGAAUGGCCACGAUGGCGGCCGAGCCACCAUCCGCCGGCGGGGAGUCGGCGCCCAAGCUGCCCAUGCCAUCGCGCAACCCGAUCCCGUUGUCGGCAUCGCAGGAGGCGGCGGUGCGCGAGGUGUUUUAUGCGCGGGUGAGGAGGCUAUGCCAACCCGAGAUAAAAGCAUUCGCCGACUGCGCAAUGGGCCGCACCUUCUCGGUCCCGUUCGCGUGCCGCGAGUCGCACCGCACCAUGAACGGCUGCAUGAAGGCGCACGCGACCGAGGCCGAGCACGACGCCGCGCGCGAGGAGUGGUUCGCGGGCCGCCUGGAGCGCCAGCGCGAGCGCGAGCAAAAGGCCCGCCGCAAGCUCGAGCAGGAGCGCUUCCACCGCGAGUGGUGGGGCCUGCCCGAGCGCGACCGCGAGGACCUGCGCCGCGAGCAGGAGAAGCUAGCCAUGGGGGAGCGGAUCGGCGGGCAUGCGGCGCCGGGGAGGCCGAGGGUUGACGGCGGUGGUGGUGGUGGUGAGGGUGGCGCGGGCGGGAGUAGGGGUGGCGCGUCACGGGUAGAAGGGGAUGGGAAGGGGUCUGAGAGGUGACGGCGGGGGAUUCCUCUGCCGGGGCGAGGUCUAGGGGAGGUUUGUUGCUCGGGGCUGGAUUUCGCUGGGCUGAGGACUUUGUUGCAGUGACGUGCAAUGAGAAGCACGAUGGAUAUCCAUGAUCCUUGGCUGCUGUCGGUGGGCCUGUACAUGUAUCUAUCACCUAGUUUUAUGUGUAUCACUAUGGGAUGACCAUCCACCGCCUUGACAAGAGCAAUAUCAAAAAGAUGCUCUACCGCUACCAUUUAGAGCUUGCGAACACCCCUGAGCAAUGAGGAUAGCUUGCCACGCCCACCACCAAAAAGGCCAGUUCCUUUUUAGGCAUAGGGACAGGAAUAGGUACGGAACUAAAGAUAAAAAGAAAAGGAAAAUAGGAAUAAAAAUACGAAUAAGACAGCUUACCGCAUCAACAAUUUCACUCAAUCUUUGGG